GUUGCAACUCGUCGGCGGCUGCGCAAGGACUUCCCUUGCGUGCUCCGUUGUUCCUGGCCCCGGUCUGCUCCAUUUAGUCUCGUGUCGGUGUUGAGUCUGGUGGUAUACCUGUGCCGUUGUGUGACUGUCAAGUCAUUCUCCGAUACCAUGCUGGGGUACGCCCGGGGAACAGUGAUGGAGAAUCCAUCGUUCAACGUCCAAGAUGCAGCAAAGAGGCUUCGAGAAGCCAUGAAGGGACUCGGUACAAACGAACGAGUACUGAUAGAUGUCCUCUGCAGUCAUAGCAAUCGCCAAAGACAGAUGAUCCGAGCCCAGUUUCAGGGCCUCUUUGGACGGGACUUGGUCAAGGACAUAGAGAAGGAGACGAGCGGACGAUUCGAGGAGGUCUUAAUAGCUCUGCUCACGCCCUCGUACGAGUACUUGGCCAUCUGCCUCCAAACUGCCUUCCAGGGAAUGGGGACGGACGAUAAUGCUGUCGUCGAACUCCUCUGCUCUCGCACUCCAACCGACAUCCAGGCAAUCAAACAGGCAUACCACAGCAAGUAUGGGAAGCCGCUGGAGAGUCGGGUGAACGGAGAGCUGUCAGGGACGUACAAGAAAGUGAUUUUAUCUAUCUUGGCUGGGCAAAGGGACCAGUCCACGUGGGUCGACGAGAGCCGCGUCAUGCAGGACGUUUCCGUCAUUGUUUUUUUCUUCUUUACAAUAUGCCCUGUAACACCAUGUUUCAAGUUAUUCGUUCUUGUUUCUCUGAAGGAACUCGUAUCAGCAGGAGUGGGCAAGUGGGGAACAGAUGAAUCUGUGUUCAACAUGAUAAUCUGCAACCGUUCGUAUGCACAUCUCCAACGCAUCUCCCAGCAAUACAUUCGGCAAACCGGACGCAAUCUCACCGAUGACAUCUCCAGGGAAUUCUCUGGACACGCCAAAGCCGCUCUAAUUGCUAUUGUUCAAACAGCCCUGGAUGCUCCGUUGUUCUUUGCCCAGAAGAUCCAUGAUGCCCUCAAAGGUCUUGGGACCAAGGACAAUGUCGUGAUCCGAGUUCUCGUCACCCGAUCUGAAAUCGACUUGGAAGACAUCAAGCAGCGCUACGUGGCCAUGUAUAAGUGCUCUCUGGUGGAUGCCAUUCGGAAGGAUACGAGCGGCGACUACGAGAAGGUCCUCGUUCGCCUUCUGGGCGCUUGAAACUUGAAGAACCAGCCGUCAGAUUCGUUCUUGCCGUGCUUCGUGGACUGAUUCCUUCAUUACGCCGAGUCGAUUUUCCUAUUUGUCAUAUUGCUUCUGAGUAAUUUUAUAUAAUGAAAAUUGCAAGAUAAAAAUGAAAUUAUUGAAAAGAGAAUAAAUAAUGUAUAAUCGGAA